AUGGUGAAGAUCAAGAGACUGAAAGUCCAUGCGGAUGCUUACUAUGACAAAGAUGAGUUGGAUGAGUUGGACAAUCCCUCCGCACCCUCACAUGUUACCCACCGGCAUACUGAUUUCAAUGUCUACACGACUGCCACUGGGUCCCACCCCCAUACGACCACCACUUACCAUAACGCUCCAGCCAGUCCACAGAAACCUCAUGCCCCAUCUCGACAUGAUCCUGUGCUUGACGAAUGGGCAGGCGCCGAUUUGUCAUGGCUGGAUGGACCUGCACUUGAAGAGGAAAACUCUGAUCACUCUGACAUGGAGGAGGAUGGCAGCAUGGAUCCACGAGGCAGCACCGAGGACGCAACAAUUCAACAGGAUGACCCAUACCUAUGA